AUGUAUUCACUCACCAUUCACAUUAUCAUCUAUGUUAUCCUAUGCACUAUAAUCACAUUCACAAUUAGUGGAAACCUUCUAGUUAUAAUUAUCAUAUCUCACUUCAGGCAACUACAUACACCAACCAACUUUCUAACCCUUUCACUGGCAGUUGCAGACUUUUUGUUAGGGGGGAUUGUCAUGCCACCUAGCAUGAUUCGGUCUGUUGAAGCUUGUUGGUAUUUUGGAGAUUUCUUCUGCAAGUUCCACACCAGCACAGACAUCAUGCUUAGUGCCACUUCCAUUAUACAUCUCUUUUUCAUAUCAGUUGACCGUUAUUAUGCUGUGUGUCAUCCUUUUAAAUACAGAACUAAAAUUAAUUUAAUUCAAAUAGGUAAAAUUGUACUUAUUAGCUGGUCACUACCAGUUAUUCAACAUUCAGAAUAUUAUUAUUUUGAGACUUUAUAUUGUGUUGGAAGUUGCAUUCCAGUUCAAAGUGUGGAAUCAGUUUUGCUUUUAGCUUUACUAACAUUUUACAUACCAGGAUGCAUCAUGAUAGGUAUCUAUUUGAAGAUUUUCAUUGUUGCAAAGAAACAAGCAAGAGCUAUAAGAGAAACAAUGGAAUCUAAAUAUUCAUCAACGAGAAAACGUGAAGCCAAGGCUGCUAAAACACUGGCUAUAGUUAUAGUGGUAUUCCUUGUGUGUUGGUGUCCUUUUAUCUUAUGUAACUCAAUUUUGAAUUAUGAAACACCAGCCAGAGUUGUAGAAGCUCUAAUCUGGAUUUCCUACUUGAACUCUGCUUUCAACCCUUUCAUUUAUGCCUUCUUUUACACAUGGUUUAGAAAAGCUCUCAGAAUAAUUGUAAUGGGAAAUAUUUUUAGAAAUAAUUCCUCUUUAACAAAACUUUACAUGGAAUAA